GAUGAUUUUUUUAGUUAAUUGUACUGAAUGUUCUUAUGGCAAUCAGUUGCCUUAAAUACUUUGAGUUUUGAAGGAAAUUAUUUUGAAUUUUCUUAAGUAAAGUUAAAUGAUUUGAGUUCUGGGCAAUUCAUGUAGGAAAAGAGAAAUAAAUAAACGUUACAGUUUAUUACACACAAAAUGCUUGUUUUUAAAUUAAACAUGAAAUAAAUGUUUGUAUACUUUCAGUUUUAGUUCUGUUAAAUCACUGCAAUGAGUGAAGUGAAUGAAUAUUAUUAUUAUUAUUAUUAUUAUUAUUAUUAUUAUUAUUAUUAUUAUCUUUUUUUCUGUUGAAGCUCUUGAAAUUGCCGCUGAAUGAUUCCAUGGAAACGGAUUAUUCCACUUGGAGCUAAAAAUAGGGGGCGCGUGAUGCUUUACGGGGAUCAAAUAGAAACGUAAAAUAACCAAUUGUUCUAAAAAUACACACUAGGACAAAUCAUUACUAAACCUACAGACAAACAAGUAAACAAACACAUGAAUUAAUAUAUAUCUGCGCUGCUGGAGAUGGGCGUGUCCACUACAUCCCCAAUGGAUGUAGCGCGCACGCUGUGUUACUGUACUACCACUACAACUACUGCGAAUUGGUUUGUUUGUUUGUUUAUUUAAUUCUCGUUAAUAAAACAAACAAACAAACAGUCGUUGGCCAGCGCGAAGAUGCCUUGUAACCCGAGCCGGAUAAGAGCGCGAGCGCGCAGGGACGUGCUGGGGCGCGCGGAGUUCCUCUCCCUCCAUCAGUCGCAGCGUAAUGGCGGCGCGGCGCGGAGAGAGAGCCACAUCAAACCCCAUCAGCAGCAUGAGCACGAGCCGCAGGCACCAAGUGAAGGCGUGAAGGAGCGCGCAGAGACGCCGCGGUGGCCAGAGGAUGACUGCAUGCGGCUGAACCCGUCCCUAAGGGGCAUCGCGGUCAGCUCACUCUUGGCCAUCGACAUCCACCUGUCCAAGCGCCUCGGUGUGUGCGCGCACGCAUCGUCCUCGUGUGGCAGCGUGCGGACCGUCGUCACCCUGCUCGCGCUCACCGGACACGGACUCACGUGGAUCGGCGGCACGCUGGUGUGUCUGACACGCAGCAGCACCCAGGCUGGACAGGAAGUGCUGAUCAACCUACUGCUGGUGGUAGUAAAUGUUACACUUCCUGUCCGUCCAGCCCUGGUCCUUGACAUCCUGAUGGUCGCUGGAGUGCAGAAGCUAGUGAAGCGCAGAGGACCAUGGGAAAUGAACCCGGGCUUCCUGGACUGUGUGGCGAUGGAUGAGUACUCUUUCCCCGCGGCUCAUGCCAGCAGGGCGACGAUGGUGUCCCGGUUCCUGCUGUCUCACCUGGUCCUGGCAGUUCCCCUGCGGGUUCUGUUAGUUCUGUGGGCCUUUCUGGUCGGACUCUCCAGGGUUCUGCUCGGGCAGCAUCACGUAACCGAUAUGGCGUGCGGAUUUGCCCUCGGUUCUCUCCACUACAUCCUGGUGGAGACGAUGUGGCUGCCGUCCAGCGCCUGCCAGACGCUGCUGUCUAUAGGGACGCUCAGCUGGGGCCCCUUCUACUAGUGCACACCCACACACACACACACACCAGCAUUUAGCUUUUAGUGAUACAUGUGAAAUAACACCAACUUAUAACAUCAAACUUAGUUGUUUUUGGUGUCUGAUUUUUGCGUCUUUACUCCUUAAAGUUAACUUAGACUUUUCUUUAAAUGUUUCUAAAUGUUUUGAGGAUUCUGACCCUGAUGCUGCUGAUCAGACUGAAGAAUCCACCAUGUAUUUUAGGAUUUGGCUUUAACUAAAAUGUCAUCCACUCAUUAUAAUGGAUUAAGACCAGGAGUGUGAUUCGGAUCUUUUACACCUUCCAGUUGCUGGGAUUCUUUUUUAUGACACCGUUGUCGGGAUUCUGAAAGCCGACGUGCUAGAUUUUUCAUCCCAUAAACACAACAUCUGUCGCCUUGGAAGCGUGUCCGAAUUGAUAGUCUGUAAAAACAAUCGUGCUGUGAGUGAGAGUUUAAUUAGCACAAAAAUGUCCACGUGUGUGUGUUUGUGUGUGUGAGUGUGUGUGAGAGUGUUUGUGUGUGAGUGUGUUUGUGUGUGAGUGUGUGUUUGUGUGAGUGUGUGUGCUUGUGUGUGUGUUCUGGCACUUUGUUAGCUACUAUUACUAGUUUACAAUUUUUGGUUCAUCUUCACAAAAUGUCUUCCUGAAACCUAACAAUGACAAUUACCAAUUAAAAGUUGUGUUUUUUUAUGUCCAAUAUGUCCACAACAUAUCAAUCAAUUCUCAGGAGGUGGGGCCUAAUUUCCUUAGUCAGUUGUCACUCAUGAUUAGAUAAGUGUUGUAACUCUAAGUGGAUUUUUGAUGCAGAACUUUUACUGGAAAAAAAAAAACAUGGCCGCUGUCAGCCAAUCAGCUUUCAGCAGCGUUUGUCAGUGUAAACACUGCACUUUGCUCUUGGUAUUGAAUAACUGUGUUCAUCUACCAUCUGUUUCGUGUUUUUUAUAAAAUGGCAAGGUCUGAACA